AUGAUCGUCAAGGACAUCUCACGGUCGACCAUUGUGUCCAUCUCCACUACCUUCCAUCCAAUGGCGAACAUUCUACCCAUACCGACAGACUUGAUCCUUAUCUCCUCAGACAAAGUCCUCUUCUACGUACACACCACGCAGGUUCUAGCCGCGUCCACCAACCACUUCAACGACACCGUCCUACCCCGAUUACUUGGCGACUCAAAGUCGGACGAAGUGGACGGCGGGGUUCAGAACCCCAUCGCGCACGUCCCGGAAUCAUCUGUCGUCUUGAACGUCAUCCUGCAUUCCGCAUACGGCAUUCCAUGCGAGGAGUAUAAGCCCUCCUUAGACGUCCUCGUCGCGGCUGUCGACGCGAUGCCCUCUUAUGGCUUAUCUCCAAAAACCCUCGUCGCACCCACCACUUCCCUCUACAGCCUCAUCCUCGUCCAGGCACCUAUACGUCCAUUCCAUGUCUACGCCCUCGCGUCAAGGCACGAUUUAUACGAGCUCGCCAAGGCCGUGUCAAGCUUCCUGCUCUCGUUCCCGCUCCACACACUUACGGACGAGUGUGCCGGUCGGAUUGCGCCGGUCUAUUUGAAGAAGCUAUACGUGUUUUACGCGGCACGAAUCGAUGCACUGAAACGACUACUAUUACUCCCGCCACACAUACACCCUUCCACCCCCGAAUGUGACUUCGCGGAGCAGAAGAAGCUCGCGCGGGCGUGGGCGCUUGCUACUGCCUACCUCGCAUGGGAGGCUACUGCCGAUCUGUCACCGAGCGCGAUCCAAAAUGCGCUGUCGCCGCUCGCGAACCGUCUGUCUUGCGAUCUCUGUCAAGGAAGUCUUUCAGAUCGAAUAAAACAGCUAUUGGCCCAAUGGGCACUUGUUCAGCGAACCAUCUGA